GACGGGAGUCCUCAGCCGUGCGAAAGACGUCUUAUACCUGGGAAGAUUUUAGAGGGCGCCGUUCUUGUUUUUUCAAACAGCCCGUUCGAGAUGUCACGUCGAAGAAAGAGUGCAGUGUUAAUUGAAUCGUCAGCACAGACAUGCCCCAGGGAUAAAAAAACAGAAAACGAUACAACAAAGAUGAAGGAUUCAAAAACAGAGUGGAGUGAAGAAGAAAAGAAAAGACUCUUGGAUGCUUUAAAAAAAGAUGAAGGUGACAAAAACUGGCGCUGGAUUGCCAGACAAGUUAAAACAAAGACAACAGCACAGGUGAAAGAGUUUGCGUCUAAACUUGAGCCAGAAAAGAAAGCUUCAAACAAGAGAGUGAUAGCACCAAAGGAUGACAGUGCACUUGAGGGAUGGAUUAAUGUAACCAAAAGAUUAAGAGGCGACGAUAAUGUGGAUGGAACUUGUAUACCUCAGGCAUCCCCCUCAUGCCUCUUACAACAGAAUCGUGAAUCAAGAACACAAGAGCACACAGAUCCUCCAGAAAAAGCUGAAGUUACUGCAUGCAACAAUCAGGUGGAUCAAGGGCAUAACAGCAAUGGUGAUGACAAGGAAGACCAGCAAGAUCCUCCUGCUGAUAAUGCAGAUCAAAACCAAAGCGAAGCACCAAUGAAGACUACUCACAGCGAUGAGGUCCAUAAGACUGAUGCUUUAAUAGAAAACCUAGUGACCAACCAGAAACAGAUGAUGGAGAAAAUUUCUGUUUUGGACUCUAAACUAGAAAAGCUGGAUACAGAUGAUGUGUCUUCUCAUUCAACAGUUAUGGAAUUAUUGACCAAAAUAAGUGAAAAACUAGAUCAGCUUGGCAAAGACUCUUCCCACAGUUGUUGUGGGGGACCUGUUAUCAUCCAAACAACACCUCAUGCUAAUGUUGUGCAUCAACCAAUUCUGGAUUCUUGUAGUUCGUGUAGAGACUCCAAAAAUGAGAAAAGACCUGAACGCUUGGCAUCUUUUCCCUCUGAAAGUAACAUGCAUGUGACAACCACAGAAAGAAGAGAUCAAGUCUCGGCAAUUUCUUUAAAUGUGACUGCAAUGAGAGCUAUGGCUGAUAACGAAGAUGCUUCUGAGAAGAUUAUUUCUCGCAAUGAACCCAGUGUGAUUUUAGUUUCAGAUUCUCAGAAUGAGUAUUGUCCCAAAUCAGGAGUUACUUCAAGUUUGUUAUCCUCGGCAGGUGAGUUGCCAGUGUUAAAGCAUAAGCAAGAUAGCUCAGUGAUGAAGGUAUCUUGUGAGUCUGACAGUAAAGCUAAUGGAAUUGCUUGCUCUAAGCAAGCUCAGCCAGGCAUUGGGGAGAAUUCUCUAAAGGGAGAUGGUUGUAAUGCAGUUGUUCGGGAAGGCAAUUCCUUGCCAAAUGGAAUCAGUUCUGUGGCAUCCAUUUUGAUUAACCAACCUCCAAUUUCUACAACUGCAAGUACUACAUCGCUUCUAAGAGAGGUUGCAACAGUUUGUAGUCAACUCAGAGAUGCAUCUCCUCAGGCUGAGUACAGUAAGACUUUGACUUCACCAGCACAAAAAUUAACACUGUCAUGCACUCAAUCUGGAUCUUCUUGUCCGGCUUUGAUAGAACGUAUACCAGCACCUUCACAGCAUUCUCCUUAUGUCGACCAAGAAAGAGGCCCAGUCUACAACCUUGCUGAUAAAAAUGAAGCAGUGCAUAAAACUGGACAGAAGGAAGUGGCAGAGAUUGACCCUCACCACCAAAGACCGCCGACAGUUUGUCCUGUUUCUUCAAGUACAGUAACUGGAGGUGCUGGAAAACAGUAUCUCCCUGUAGGCAUGUUAUCAGGACCUAGCCAUUAUGUACCUAAACCAGCAAUAUUGGUGGCUAAUAACUUUGGUAUGCAGAGUAUAAAACGUCAGCCUUCUCCCAGCACACCAGCCUCGUCACAGCAGAGCUUAUCUCAAGGAUAUGUCACACUUGUAACGCCAUCACCCAGUAGCGUUACAAAUGUAACGCCAUCACCCAGUAAGGCCCAUGUCACACUGACUUUGCAGCCACAAACAGUAAUGACUCCAACUGCAAGUCAUUCCACGCAACAAGGAGCAAAACUCCAUGUAUCUCCAGCUGCAGAUGCUGCCAUGCAAAGAACUGAUGAUGCCAACAGCACACAAAGUGUAGUCUCACAAAAAGACUUACUCAAUGCAGCCAUGCUUAUCAAUAACUAUGUCUUAGAGCAUCCCAACCAGGAGAAUCAAACUCAGUGGCAGGCGUGUCUCAAUGCCAUAGUUGCUGAUUAUCAAAAGAACAACCAGGAUUCUUCCAGAGGAGACCUGUUACAACUUGUAUCAGUUGGUCACAAUCCACAUGUGCUGCUCACAAAGUAUGAGUUGGAAGAUGCGUUGGAAAAGUCCAAGCGUCGGCCAAAGUUCUAUGCCCUGCGCCUGGCAGAGAAGCUCUUUGGACUUGAUGUUUUGAUCAAAUCGACACCUUAUGGAAUUGGAGGAAAAGCUGCUUUAAACCCAGUCAUAUUGGAUGCCAUCAAAUUGGAAGUCCUUCAGCAAUUUGCCUCAAACACGUCUAAUGAAGAGAAGAGAAACCUGUGGAAAGGUUGCGUGACUAGCAUUGCCCAGAGGUGCAAGAGAGCACGCAAUCCUCAGAGGAAAAGACCAUCAGUUAGAAUAAGGAGGAAGGAUGAUGAUAGCCGAGGACUUCCUUCCAUGGCAGUUGGCAAUGACAUGCAGUAUGAUGAACAUGAGGAUUCCCAUGCUGAUUCAGAUGAAGAUUAUGAUGAGUGUGAUGACAUGGACACUUUGGAUCAACCAAGCUCAAGCCAUACACCAACAGCAGUCCGAAUAUCAUCUGACAGUGAACAAGAGGAACCACAAAAUGGUGCUCAGGAUGUUCUUCCUGGUAGUGGACGCAAUGUAACCCCUCGUCUAAAACAAACACAAGACUCUCGGGUGCGAUCAGAGUCGAUAGCCAAUUCCAGGGAAGGAGGCAAAGAGGAGGAUGUUCAUGUACCACCAGGCAUUGACCCAGACAUAACAGUUGUCCAUUUGCCAUCUGCUGUGAAGAUGCUGUCAAAACAAGCAGAUCAGAGCUUGGGUCCAGGUCAAAUGCAGAGAAGCAGUGUGGCAUCAAGUGGCUCUGAGAGCAGUCCCAGUACCAGACCAGAAGGAAUUGAUAAUCUUGGUGCCUAUACUGUGCGUAUCCAAGAAACUUAUAAACAUGAAAGGGAUGGUGAUUCCCCGGAGAAGAACGUGGCUGUGGCACGCAAAUACCAAGGAGAUUUCCCACCUGUAGUGGGAAGUAUAUACAAACCUGGCCCAGCAUCCACAGAAAGCGUCAUUGUGUCUGGCAUCAAGAUGACUCCUGAUUUUUCUUAUGUUUUGGUUGGAGGAAACCCAAAUGUAGCCCUUCCCCGUCAAAAGUAUCUAGAUUGUCUCACAAGAUCAGGCCAACCCACACACUUUGCUGUUCGUCUGGCUGAGUUGGCUUUUGGAGAUGACGUUCUAAAGGCAUCGACUGUCACAGGGGGGAAGCGUGGCACUUUGCAGCUUGACCCAAAUGUGAUUGAUGCAAUACAAACUGAGGUGUCAGAGAGAUUUUUAAAAGAAGUCAGCAAAGAACAGAAGACUGCAGUGUUGCGCAAGUGUAUUACAAGCAUCGCCACUAGAUGUAAAACCCUGCGAUACAACAGAUCAAAGAUUCAUGUUGCAAAUCACUGGGCAAUCCAUACAAACCAGCCUGACAAUGAAGAUGAGAAAUAGCAAUAACGUAAAAAGUCAUCACCAAAGAAAAUGGCUGUUUCUCACAAGAUUCUUUUGCAAUCACUUUCAAAAUGUCAUAAAUGUUGUACAAAAAGAGAAAGUCAGUAUUAUUAUCACUCAUAAGUUUAUUUGCAUCUUGCCAUAUUAAACACAGUCUCCAUCACAGCUGCUCAGGCCAGAGUCACACAACACUGUGAUGGAGAGCAAUGCGUGACUUUGACCUAGGCAGCUGCAAAAGAGACUAUGUUAUAUAGGGAUAAGCCUCUUAAGCCACAACCAGCUGAGGUGCUCCUGUAGAAUUUCCAACUGUUUUUGCUGUUUUAUUGAAAAGUUGAAAAGAUUAUUGAAUUUAGUUCAGCUAUUCCAACCAAACUUGGUUUAAAUUUUACUGUUCCAAGAAGUCACUUUAAUUUGGUCAGUGCGGUAAUUUGUUUGGUACAGUAUGGAGUGUAGUAGAAUAGUUUAAAAAUUAUCAAGGUUUGAUAUUUAGCAGGACUAGCUGGUCAACUCUAGAAUGCAAAGUUUGCCAUUUUGUCAUUGACAUGUCAAGUCUAUGAUUCAUAAGUCUCCUUGUCAAAUUACACUCUGGUUAGCCUGAAUAAUACCCUCGUUAACAGGACUUUGGAUAGCCUUUAGAGCAAUCUAGUUUCCCUGAACAGUGCCCUGAUUAGCCUGAAUAACAUUCUUGACUAGUUAGCCUUAAAAGUGCUCCUGUUAACUAGGGUAGCACUCAGGUUAGCCUGUUUAGUUAGAUUUCUUGACUCAUUUGAUGCAAUGAUGCAACUUACAUUCAACAAUGAAGGUCAAGUGUUUUAGUUUUCCCUUGAAGGGUCAAGUUAUCCAUUUUCUUUGUGGAUUUCAAUCAUUUUCUGUGCCCUCAAAAAGUGUUCUUAUUAGCUUCUAAAGAUUAAACGCUAACUUUUUAAAUAUUUUAUAUUUGCGUAAAUGGGGUUUUGAAAUAAGUUAUUAGUAACCAUUCAAGCAAAGCUUUUCACAUUUAAUUAAUUUAUUAAAAGUUGAGAGCUAAACUGUUAUUUACAAACUGUAGUCCCGCACAAGUUGUUUAAGGAUGUAUUCUCAAUAAUUGCGAAUGUUUCCGACACCAAGUGUCUCUAUUUAGUUAAUUAAAUUAUUAAACUGAUGCUGCAAUCCAAAAAUUGACAUUCCUUAUCUGUAAGGAAUAAAUCUGGUAAAAGAAAAAGCCAGAAUCAAAGUUCAGGCUUCCAUUUCUUUUUUGUAUUUAUUUAAUCAAUGUUAAUGGCCAACAAAAUUUUACAUUUUUUAUGUUACUUCUAGUUUUUACAACAGCAUAUCAGAAUAGUCAGGGUUCGUGUUUUAAACGGAGUGUAAGUCUGAUGAAAUGUUUUUGUUUUCAAGUAAAGUCAGGGAAUACUGGGGUAAGUUGGCAGGAUGCACAGCAAGAAAUACAAGUUUUUAUUAAUGUCUCAUUUAUGUCUGCAUAUUUACAUUAUUUAUGUCUGCAUAGUGAAAAUGAAAUGAAGAGAAAAAUGUUGUUAGAGUAAUCCUUUGUUAAGAAAAUGAAAGUCAGAAUUUUUCAUCUCUUGAUAAGCAGGAACCUGAAUAAAUAACAUAUGCAAAGCAUUAAUUUAUGCAGUGUCAAUUAACACAUUGUGAUAAUUAUUUUAUGAGUUUUGAAGUGAACAUCAAAGUUCAGGACUUGGAAGGUUAAAUGUUCAGUCUCAGACAAUACAAUAAAACUACUUAUUAAUUUGUUA